AUGAACCCGGCAAAUACAUUGGUCCUCGUCACCGGAGGCUCCGGCUGCGUAGGCGCUCACUGCGUACUCGCCGUUCUCAAUGCUGGAUACCAAGUCCGCACCACAGUCCGAUCACUCGAACGCGCAGAAAGCGUGCACGAAAUGCUUCGGAACGGUGGUGCGGAAGAGUUUGCCAUCGAUGCAUUGCAGUUUGCCGCCGCUGAUCUUGAGCAAGAUGCCGGCUGGGAUGAAGCUUGCACCGGGUGCAUUUACAUCCUGCACGUUGCCAGUCCCUUUUCAGCAGAUGCUUCAAAGCAUGAGGACGAGUUGAUCAUCCCAACUCGUGAAGGUACACUCUGA